AUGGCUCCCAAAGAGCUCGGCGACCCGCUGGUGCAGUCCCCAGAGGGCGUGCCCAACCCCACCACGAAUGCGUUUAGCAGAUUGAUGGCCCCAAAGCCGAAACGUCCACCCCCGUCCGUCACCGCUACCAUCGCACGGCGGUGGGGCGGUAGCGGUCGCGACGGUCUCGGCGUCUACCUCGUACGGCCCGAAAGCCACCCUGCCACCAGCGUCAUCUAUCACAACGCCGACUUCGUCGCUGUCAACGACAUCUACCCCAAGUCCAGUGCCCACACCCUCCUCCUCCCUCGCGACCCGACCCGCAGUGCUCAGCACCCCUUUGAGGCCCUCCAGGAUCCCGAGUUCCUGGCCGCCGUUCGCGCCGAGGUGGCGAAGCUGACGAGCCUCACCGCUAAGGAGCUCCAACGGCGAUUUGGUGCUACGAGCGCCGCGGAGGCUAGGAGACAGGCCAUCAAGGUCGGAAUACACGCCCACCCCAGCAUGAGCCAUCUGCACAUACAUGUGCUUUCUCGAGAAAUGUUCUCACCAAGUCUCAAACACCGUAAACACUACAACUCCUUCAACACGCCCUUUUUCGUGGAUAUCAACGACUUCCCACUCGCCGAUGACGACCCGAGAUUAGAUCCCGAUAGGGAGCGGUACCUGCGCCGGGACAUGGUCUGCUGGAGGUGCGGCAAGAAUUUCAGGAAUCAGUUCAAGGCCCUCAAGGACCAUUUACAGGUGGAGUUUGAGGAGUGGAAGCACGAGUGA